CAAGCAAGCAAAAUUCCGAAAUUUUUUUCCAUGGUUUUGAAUGGGAAAUAAGCUCCCUGCAUAGUAGCUACCUAUGCAUGCACAGUUUCUAUUGGGUGAAGAACAGGAACAACAUCGAUCGUCGUCAGGGAACUUAUAUGCCACCAGGUGAAGAAUUACCAGUUGUGGAAUGGAACCUGAUUUUGAGAGAAAUUCUAUCAAGCAAGGAAUCUCCUUUUCAUUGAGCUGGAAACGAGAUUUAUGCAGGGAGUUAUGUAUCAGGAAAUUCAUCUGGAAACCUGCGUCUCUCAAUGCAAUAGUCUUACUAGUAUUGUGAAACAAUGACGAGAGCUUCUCAAGUGUUAGCCCAAAUUUUGGACAACAGGAAAAUAAAGGUAAACGCGGAAAUUUCGGUUCCUGUAAAAGGCCAAAGAAAGCAUGAACUAGUUUUCUAUACAAGUGGUAGAAACAUGACUAUUCUGCGCUAGUACUGAGCUGGUCAACAGACUUCCACUCGACGUAUUCGACCUAUUUUCAAUUCUUUCAGUAAUAUUUACACAUUCAAUAUGAAAUCCAUAAUUGCACUCUCUCAAGAAUGAAAUAAGACAAUCUUUGAAAGGAAGUCAAGCCAACGAAGCUUCAGGGUAGCAGGAUGCGGAAAGUAGGUCAGAGAGUUGCAAAUUUCGCGACAUUUACUUUCCUAAAUCACCAUGUGUCAACUAUGAAGAAUGUAUAUUUUUCAAAAGCUAAGAAAACCACAACAUUGGUAUCACUUCCGGGGGUAAAAGCACAAGCUCAGAACAAGAUGAAUGAACCUAGCCGGUCGGAGCAAAGUCAACCGAAAGCCCCUAAAAGCUUAAAAAUCCAGGCUCUAGCUCAGAAAUUUCAGCCAUGUCAAUAUUUCCAUGAUGCCACAGUGGAGGAAAUUCUUAAAUACGAUAGGAAUACUGGAAUCUCUUACUUGGAGUUUGAUGAGGCUCAUUCAUCUAAGAAGUCUAGACAGUCUUUCCUAAGAGCAUUGGUUAUCGCUGCUGAUGGGGCUUGUCCGCACAAUGGUACUUCUCUGGCUAAAAAAUCAUCUUUUGGCGUAUUCUUCGGACCAGACUCACCACUUAACACAUAUGAUUUGAUUCCAAGGCCUCCAGGAGAAAAACACACCAACAAUUAUGCCGAGUUGAUGUCGGUUCUUCACGCACUUGAGCUUGUCAAACAUCACAUCACCCUGAGAGAAUGGAUCAUCAAGACAGCCAAGAGGAUCAAGCAUAUGGUCAGGAAAGUAAUGGUGGUUAUAAUUGUUGAUUCAGAGUUCGUUGAAAACCGUCUCACCAUGUGGAUUCAGGUCUGGUCGAAAAAUGGGUUUAAGACUGUUGAAGGAAAGUCGGUUGGCGACAAAGAUCUCAUUUUGCGUAUCCAACAAAUGCUUGAGUUACUUUCAAACAGUAUUGAUAUCCGACUGUGGCGUGUUGGUAGGAAGCAAAAUAAAAAUGCACACCACCUGGCUAAGCGAGCACUUCAAAUGCAACUUAGACUUCCCGAGGAACAAGACGUUGCUUCACCAAGCCUUCGAUACUUCCGAGACUGUAUUCGCUCCAGCGACCAACGAGCGACGAAAUUUGCCAUUGAGAUCGGCUUGCUCUCUUUACAAAAGAAUUGUAUAGAGAUGCAUCUGGGUGAGAUUAUCAUGUAUAUGGUAAUGGCUGGAAGAGAUCGCGCAGAGAACUUCACAACCCUGUUCGGAUCAGAGCACCGCAGUGAUCAACAUUGCAUCAUGUACUGGAAGCUGAGCCGCACAGUCUUUUACCUUAUGAUGGAUAAGCCUGGUCACUGUUCCUAUCCCGAUGGCCCUGCUUGGGAACCUAGGAGGAGCACAUUUGAAUGUGGUUUUGCAGGCGGAUACCCAAGAUCUAUCAAAUCAGAUGAGGCAGUCAAGUUACAGAAGUGGUGCCUCAAGAACAAUAUGUUCUCUGACGGGGAACGUCUGACAUCGUUAUUGGAGCUCAUAUAUAAAGUCCGAUUGGGAUUCAGUCUUGAUGGAAACAAUUAAUUUGGACAACUUGAAUAUUAUCAUUACUCCAAUGCACUACCAACGCCAUACCAUUCACACUUUAGUCA